AAUCUAUUUAGUGUACCAAUCGUACCCUAAAAACGCAAAACGCCCCCUCGAGCUUAACCAGCGCCGAAACACGGCAACCAUCCAAUAUCAUUCUUAAAACAUUUGUUUUCUCUUAUUCUCAUUUCUCUCCUUCCUAUGGAGUAACCUAAAAACUUCUUCCCCUUUCGACCACCUUUUCUCUCUCUUUCUCGAAGAAACUGCAUGCUCAAUUCUUCCGCCUGUAUCUAACGAACGACUACAUAUUCGAUUUCGUCCGUUGUCGUUUUCUAGGGUUUCUUCGUCGAUUUUUUUGUUGAUUUUGUAGUUACAGAGCAGAACGAAAAUGGCGUCAGAAGAUGUGAAACAACGAGGCGAGGCAGCAGUUUCGACGAUCGUAAAUUUAGCGGGAGAGGCGAAAGCUGCCACUGAAGGUGUUAAACCUCCUAGCUAUGCGCUUGCUAGCAUUGCGAAAUCUCUUGCUGCUGGUGGUAUUGCUGGUGGAGUGUCACGUACGGCCGUUGCUCCUCUGGAAAGGUUGAAAAUUUUGCUGCAGGUUCAAAAUCCUCACAGUAUCAAGUAUAACGGAACAAUUCAAGGAUUGAAGUACAUAUGGAAAACCGAAGGCUUUCGUGGUUUGUUUAAAGGCAACGGCACUAACUGUGCUCGUAUAGUUCCAAAUUCAGCAGUCAAGUUCUUUAGCUACGAGCAGGCAUCCAAGGGAAUUCUGUGGCUUUAUCAGCAGCAAUCUGGAAAUGAGGAUGCUGUACUGUCUCCUGUUUUACGUCUUGGGGCGGGAGCAUGUGCUGGAAUCAUUGCCAUGUCAGCUACUUAUCCAAUGGAUAUGGUACGAGGCCGACUGACUGUUCAGACUGCGACAUCUCCUCAACAGUAUAGAGGGAUAUACCAUGCUCUCACAACCGUUUUCCGUGAAGAGGGUGCCCGCGCCUUGUAUAAAGGGUGGCUUCCUUCUGUCAUCGGUGUGGUACCUUAUGUGGGUCUCAAUUUUGCAGUAUAUGAAUCUCUGAAAGACUGGUUGAUCAAAGAAAAACCAUUUGGAAUUGUUCAGGACAAUGAGCUUAGUGUGACAACGAGGCUUGCAUGUGGUGCUGUUGCUGGAACAAUUGGCCAGACUGUUGCUUACCCUCUUGAUGUUGUACGUCGAAGAAUGCAGAUGGUUGGUUGGAAAGAUGCAUCUACAGUUAUUACGGGAGAUGGUAAAAGGGUUGCACUUGAGUAUACUGGAAUGGUUGAUGCCUUCAGAAAGACAGUUCAAUACGAGGGGUUUGGAGCCUUAUACAAAGGCCUGGUCCCAAAUUCAGUAAAGGUGGUCCCGUCGAUUGCAAUUGCAUUCGUGUCUUAUGAAGUGGUGAAAGAUUUGCUUGGGGUGGAGAUGAGAAUAUCUGAAUGAAAACGGACGGAAUAUGUAGUUUCUGUAUUAGAGUUUGAAUGACUCCAGAAAGGUUAAUCGCAAGUGGUUCACAACCCUUUAUGUAAGUUAUAUUUUGAUAUUGAGGUGAUCAUCUAGAGCUGCCCUUGUGAUUUUACGGAGUUCGUUCAUGUGAUAAUAUAAAUAAAGAAUAGUUUGUAUUAUUCUAGAAUUCCUAGGAGAUGUAUGAUGCCAUAACCCUCGUACUACUAUUCAUAGGUUGUUUUGCAACACUAUUUGCUUUGUAGUUUGCCGAUAAAAUUUAUCUAUCGUCAGUGAUAGAGCAGGCUGUCGUUAGAUAGCUAUAUUUGUAUCAGACUUUGUAAUUUUGCAUCGCUUAAACUAGUGAUCUGCAAGAAAUAAAUUUUAUCCAUUUUGCUGGAUGCUCUAA